UGUUGAAAUAAAUGUUUUGAAAAAGUAAUUUUAUAUUUCCGGGUUAAUUAUGUCAGAAACAUACAAUUUUCUCUUUAAGUUUCUGGUCAUAGGCAGCGCUGGAACAGGGAAAUCUUGCAUUCUCCAUCAGUUUAUAGAAAACAAAUUCAAAGAAGACAGCAACCAUACUAUAGGAGUUGAGUUUGGCAGUAAAGUAGUAAACGUUGGAGGAAAGUCAGUGAAACUACAGAUCUGGGAUACUGCAGGCCAAGAGAGAUUCAGAUCUGUCACUAGGAGCUACUACAGAGGUGCAGCUGGUGCUCUAUUAGUCUAUGACAUCACAAGCCGUGAGACAUACAAUGCACUGACCAACUGGUUGACAGAUGCAAGGACUCUAGCCAGCCCCAAUAUUGUCAUAGUCCUUGUGGGCAAUAAGAAGGAUCUUGAACAGGAGAGAGAAGUUACAUUCCUAGAAGCUAGUCGCUUUGCACAAGAAAAUGAGCUGUUGUUCUUGGAAACUAGCGCUCUAACUGGAGAAAAUGUCGAGGAAACCUUCCUGAAAUGUGCCAGAUCAAUACUAACAAAAAUAGAAUCAGGCGAGCUAGACCCUGAAAGGAUGGGAUCUGGGAUACAGUAUGGCGAUGCAUCAUUACGACGCCUAAACAGACAGAACACAUCCACCAAGCGACCAGACUGUCAAUGUUGAUCCCAGCUAGAGUCAUAGUAAACAUUUCUGGGAUUGUGCAGUGAUAUAUUUGAUUG